AUGCUAUCAUUCUUCGGCUGGGGCUCUUCUUCCAAGUCGGACUCGAAUACGCUCAAUUCCAAAGACCUAAAACCGUCCAGUAUCGAGCAAGAUGGCUUGUCAUCCUCAAUACCUUCCUCUUCCGCCCCGCCACCUCAACAGACAGUGCAACCAACCCAACUAUCUGCUACUAAAGCUAACACCAAUCUGAAGCUCAUGCUUGGUGGAAUGGUCUUCGUCACACUCUCUGUAUACAUAACACGUCGCGCGAGCAUCAGAAAACGUAUCGCCUGCAUACCACCAUUCUACUCAAGCUCGAUAUACUUCCAACCAAAGGCCAAUGGGGCAAUGGAGGCCUUUGAAGCGUUGAACCUUGCAACAAUCAACGUGUUUUCAUUUGCUAUUAUGGCUACCGGGGGAGUGAUGUACGCUUUGGAUGUCAAUGGAAUUGAGGAUAUGCGGAGACUGAUGCGGGGCGGAUUGGAAAACGCUGCCGCCGGCAAAUCGGAUGAGGAGCUGGAGCAGGACAUAACAGAAUGGGUAGCCAGUGUCCUUGGCGACCGAUUCGAGAAGCAGCUCGAGAAGGAACGCGCAAAGAAGCGAGAAUCGGCUGAACAAAAUCAAGAGAAAACGGACAAUUGA